AUGGCGGUCCCCAAUGAAGCAGAGGAGGGGGUUUUUUACUUGGUAGUGAGCGGUAUUCCUUCGGAAUUGCGAUCGGCCCAGCUACGGAGCUACUUUAGCCAGUUCCGGGAGCAGCGUGACGGUGGCUUUCUGUGUUUCCACUACCGACAUCGGCCUGAGCAGACCCCUUCUCAGGCUACUUCUGACUCUGCUCUAUCUCCCAGCGAUCCUGUAGCUGAAGGCCAUGUUCUCGCUCAAACGUCAGCCACCAAUGUCCCUGCUUUCUCCUCUCGGUACUCAACUCCGGUCCAGACUCGCACCUGCUGUUGCGUCAUCUCGGUACGAGGGGCAACUCAGGCCCGGAGGCUUCUUCGCAUGUACUCAGGCCGACAGUGGCUGGAUUCUCAAGGGACUUUGCUGCCUGGUCGCUGUCUCAUCCGCAGACUUCGGAUACCCACAGAGGCGUCAGGUUUAGUCUCAUUUCCCUUCAAGACCCGAAAGGAGCUACAAAGUCGGAAGGCUACAAGUGAAGCAUUCACCCUGGCUGACCUGAGACAACUACCAGAACUGAAUCCACCAGCGUUGAUGCCGAAUGGGAAUGUGGGGACUCCCCUGCGGGUCUUUUUGGAGUUCAUCCGAGCCUGCCGCUUACCACCCCGGAUCAUCACCCAGCUGCAGCUUCAGUUUCCCAAGACAGGUUCCUCUCGACGUUAUGGCAAUGUGCCCUUUGAGUAUGAGGACUCCGAGACUGUGGAGCAGGAAGAGCUUGUAUACACAGCAGAGGGUGAGGAAAUACCCCAGGGAGCCUGCCUCAACGAUACAUCACCCCGCCCUUGUGGUGAGCCAGAGGAAGAAGGGGAAGAGGAGGCGGAAGAGUCUCAUUCAGAUGACGAUGAUGACCGGUGUGAGGAGUGGGAGCGGCAUGAAGCGCUGCAUGAGGAUGUGACCAGGCAGGAACGUACAACUGAGCGGCUCUUUGAGGAGGAGAUCGAGCUCAAGUGGGAGAAAGGUGGUUCUGGCCUGGUGUUCUACAUUGAUGCCCAGUUCUGGCAGGAGGAAGAAGGAGACUUUGAUGAACAGACAGCUGACGACUGGGACGUGGACAUGAGUGUGUACUACGACAGAGAUGGUGGAGACAAAGAUGCCCGAGAUUCUGUCCAAAUGCGUCUGGAAAGAAGGCUCCGCGAUGGCCAGGAGCAUAGUUCAGUGAUUAAGCACCAAGUGGGCACCUUUGAGCGACACACUAAGGGCAUUGGGCGGAAGGUGAUGGAAAGGCAAGGCUGGGCCCCAGGCCGAGGCCUGGGCAGCAGGUGCUCAGGAGUACCUGAGGCCCUGGAUAGUGAUGGCCAGAACCCCAGAUGCAAGCGUGGAUUGGGGUACCAUGGAGAGAAGCUCCAGCCAUUUGGGCAGCUGAAGAGGCCUCGUGGAACUGGCUUAGGGCUCAUCUCCACCAUCUAUGAUGAGCCCCUGCCCCAGGACCAGCAAGAGUCACUGCUCCGCCGCCAGCCACCCACCAGCAUGAAAUUCCGGACAGAUAUAGCCUUUGUGAGGGGCUCCAGCAGCGCCUUGGACAGUGCCUCUGAACCAGAGUAA